AUGGCCUACGGGCACAAAAUCAAAAAUCGCAAAGAAAGAGUGCCAUCAUUUUAUUUCGAUGCAUUAGAAUUGGGAAACUAUUGGGGAUGCGAUGGUCAACCAAUAAGGUACCAUCACACAGCACCCAUUUCAAGCGUUUAUGCUUUGCGUAGCGCACUGGCUGUAAUAGCUGAAGAAGGCGUGGACGAAAGUGUGCGCAGACAUGAAGAAAAUGUAAAGUUCCUCUACCAGAAGUUGAAAGAACACGGUUUAGAAUGCUUCGUUGAGCAAGAGAAGUGGCGAUUACCGUGCCUAACCACCGUCAAAGUGCCAGAUGGUGUAGAUUGGAAAGGUGUAAUGGAAGAGAUGAUGAAACAGGGAACUGAAAUUGCCGGUGGUCUAGGCCCUACGGUGGGAAAAUUAUGGCGGAUAGGAACGUUCGGUGGAAACUCGGACAAGGCGAAGAUAGAAAAGGUUAUAAAAUUGCUUGCCGAUACGAUUAAAAAGAAGUCAAGUAUAUAA